AUGAAAGAGCGGAAGAAUAGUCACAAGAAAUACAACGAUUUCAUUGAGUUAUUAAUGAACGCACAGAAGGAUAGCACUAAUAAUAACACCAAAGAAGAUGACAAUGAUGUCAAUGAAGCCCAUCAUGUGAAUGAAGGAAAGGAAGAGAAAGAAGUGGAGAAAAAGAUCUUAAGUAAUGUCGAUAAAUAUAUCACUGAAGAGGAAAUCCUGGCCCAGUCGUGGGUCUUCUUUGUUGCCGGAUAUGAGACGACUGCCACUACUCUUACCUUUGCUUCCUAUGAAUUGGCUCUCAAUCAGGACUCACAGCAAAGACUAUACGAAGAAAUCCUAACUUCUGUUGACUCUAACGGAGAGAUUGAUUACGACUUGUUGUCUAAACUUCCAUAUUUGGAUGCAGUCAUCUCAGAGACAUUAAGACUCGACGCACCGGCUGUUGUCCUCAUAAGGCAAGCGUCUGAAGACUACAAAUUAGGUAAUACAGGAAUUACCUUAUAUAAGGGACAGCAGCUGGAAAUGCCUAUCACUGCCAUACAUCAUAACGAGGAAUUCUAUGAAAACGCCUAUCAAUUUAUUCCUGAGAGAUUCCUACCGGAAAACCGACAUAAAAUUAAACCCUAUACAUACCUACCGUUUGGUGCCGGCCCUCGAAACUGCAUUGGAAUGAGAUUUGGUUUAAUGGAAGCGAAGUUAGCAUUGGCUCAAGUGGUUAGGAGAUACCGAUUCUUCCAGACUCCCAAUACAGACGUUCCCUUACAGCUGAACAUUAGUAUGGCUAUACAUACACCUAAAAGAGUGAUCAUUGGCAUUGAAAAGAGGCUGUAUCUGACAAGAAAUUUCAAUUUUUGGUCCCAAAAUGGAGUGAAAGGACCAAGUCCUAUUCCCAUGUUCGGCAAUAUUUUAUCCUAUUUCAUAACACCCAGGCCACAUCUAGCUAUGCAAUGGCAGAAAUUAUAUGGCAAAAUAUACGGCAUAUAUAACGGCAAUAGACCGGUGCUAAUAGUGGCCGAACCCGAACUCAUUAAACAAAUUUGUGUCAAAGACUUCCAUAUAUUUACGGACAGAAACACAAACCGACGAAUGCAUCCAAUUCUGAGCAGACAUUUGGUCGCAGAAAGCGGUGACGACUGGAAGAGAAUCCGAUCGAUAGUCACCCCAACGUUCAGCUCAUCAAAAAUGAAGAAAAUGUAUCCAAUGAUCAGACAGUGUUUGGAUGACUUCAUCGUUGAAUUAGACGUUUACGCCAAAGAUAAGGGCGACGUAAACGUGAAGAUA